AUGUCUCUGCUGUGUUCCCUAUCAAACGAGGUGCCUGAGCAUCCAGUUGUUAGCCCUCGCUCGGGCCAUAUUUUUGAAAGACGGUUGAUUGAAAAAUACCUCGGGGAAAAUGGGACUGACCCCAUCGAUCAGCAACCUUUGGCGGUUGAGGAGCUAAUUGAUAUUAAAACACCGGCCUUUGUCCGUCCUAAACCUCCUUCUGCAACAUCAAUCCCUGCUAUAUUAAAGACUUUGCAGGAUGAGUGGGAUGCAGUUAUGCUACAAUCAUUUACACUCCGACAGCAGUUGCAGACUGCUAGACAGGAAUUAUCACAUGCUUUGUACCAGCAUGAUGCAGCUUGUCGCGUUAUCGCUAGGCUAACAAAGGAAGUAACAGCUGCACGUGAAGCUUUGGCUACAUUAAAACCACAAGCUGGUAUAAUACAACCAUCUCAGAUGAAUGUACAAAAUAUUAACACAACUCAUCAACCUCCUGCUGGCACAGCUCCAACUGUUCCUCCAUCCUUAGACACAAGUGACAACUCAAGUACUGUAGAUUCAAACCAGCUGCAAGAAGAGAUUGGUAUAAGCGAAGAUGUUAUCAACACUCUACAAGAACGGGCUAGUCAGCUUACCGCAGAGCGAAAACGACGUGGAAAAACAGUACCAGAAGGAUUGGCUAGAUCUCGAGCUAUUUCUGAAUACCAGCAACUGGCUAAUCAUGUAGGACUUCAUUCUGCUAGCAUGCCUGGGAUUAAUUGUCUUGACAUCAGCAAGACAUCUCCUGAAAGAAUUGUAACAGGGGGUAACGACAAAACUGCUGUUGUAUUUGAUCUUUCUACAUCACAAGUCAUAUCCAUUCUCAAAGGACAUAACAAAAAGGUUACACAGGUUGUUUAUCAUCCGUCUGAAGAAUUGGUGUUCACAGGUUCGCCUGACACAACUUUGAGAGUAUGGGGUGUCGAACAAGGUCAAUGUGCAAGUAUAAUUCGUGCACACAAGGGACCUGUAACUGGUCUAAGUAUUCAUGCGACUGGAGAUUAUUUGCUUUCAUGCAGCUCAGACGGUCAAUGGGCAUUCAGUGAUUUGCGACAUGGACGCGUUUUGGUUAGAAUUUCCGCCGUGGAUAAAUCUGGCAGUAUCCAAGCACUUACUUGCGCCCAGUUUCAUCCAGAUGGUCUUAUUCUUGGGACUGGUACUGCUGAUGGGGAGGUGAAAAUCUGGGAUGUUAAGGAACGGCGCAACGUUGCGAAUUUCGCACAUGGUUCAGGUACUAACCAACUAGUUACAGCUGUCGCUUUUUCGGAAAAUGGAUAUUAUCUGGCUACAAGUGGUGGCGAUAGUCAAGUGAAGCUCUGGGAUCUGCGGAAAUUAAAGAACUUUAAAACUUUGAUUCCUGGUGAAGAUCAACCAUCCUACGAAAUAUGCGAUGUGGAAUUCGACCAGUCUGGUUCAUAUCUUGCUGUUGCUGGUACUGAUGUACGUGUGUAUUUGUGCAAACAGUGGGAUCAGUUAGUUUCGUUCAAUGCACACACAGCUCCAGCAACUGGAGUUCGUUUUGGUGAGAAUGCAACUACGGUUAUUUCAGCCAGUCGUGAUCGUUCAGUAAAAGUAUUUGGUACAUAA